CUGGAGAGGUACCACCGUUUCGAGGGAAUAAGGUCAGAAUUCCCCGGCAAAACCCUUCGCUCGGCGAAGAAAUACGGCGGGACGGUAGGACUCUGGAGCCCGGCUUUCGAAAAGGAGGGAAGGGCCAUCCACGGCUGCUGCGAAAGUGGGAGCUCCGGGGACGGAAGGUGGAGCGGGGACAGCGAGUUGCCCCAGCUGUCCGCGGGAGCGAGAGGGUUCCCAGCAGGUGGAGUUGACAUCCACAAGCCCCCCAGGGAUCAAGGAGCGGCGCUCUCCGGAGGCGCCCGCCCGGAGGCUGAGGAAUCACAGCAGGUGGUUUGGGGGGUAACCCCUAAUGCCAGAGGUCCUCCCGGCCGGCUGCCCGGCCGCCCGACCCUCUGCGCUUUCCAGGCUACUCACCGGUCCGGGGUGGAAAGCGCCAUCCAGGCGCGCGUACGGGCGGCGCGGCGCAGGCGGCGGGCUGGGCCGAGCGGAGGCAGCGGCGCUGUCCUAGGAGCGGGACUGGAGCCGGGGGCCGCCGAGGCGGCGACAGCGGCGGCGGGGGCGCGGGGAGCUGCGGGCGGGGAGGACGGCGGAUCCGGAGCUGCUGCGCCGCGCGCGCUCUCUGCCCAUCUCCGGCUCGGCUGA